GAACCGUCCGUCACGUGACCACGCCGUCGCCUGUCGGUCGCUGCAGCGGCAGGAACAUGAGCUCAGAGCGCUUCUCCAUCACAGCGGAGGAGUACUUAGCAGAGACCAGUGCUCUUUUCUAUCUGAAUGAUGCUGUGACUCAGCUGCUGGAGCACAGAGAGGAAUUCCUCCAGUUCGGCAUCGGGCGAUAUUUUGCAGAAUACUUCACCAGUGUGAAGAACGGGAACCACGUUCUCUUCAGAGAAUUCAGCUAUGUUAAAGGUACAGCACACAACCGAGCUUCCUUCACCCACAUCUUCUGGAAAUGCUUCAGACAGAUUGGAAAGAACAGAGAUUUGCUGACGAUGAUGGAGUACACGUCGCUUCUCCAGCUCUUAUGCCCAGACUUUCCUGCUGAAAUGGUGCAGAACACGGCCAAGAUUGUCCUGAUGGAGGACGCUAUGGACUGCCCCAUGUCCCUCUCAGAUUUCAUCUACUCUUUCCAAAUCCAAUUUUACUAUGAAGAGUUCCUGGAGAGUGUGUUGGUGAUUUAUGAGGACUUGCUCGAGGGAAAGAACCCGAACGCCGUCAUCGUCCCGACCUCAACGUCAGCCGAAACGAUAUCCAGUGAAGAGGCGGACACGCAGGAGGGGGUCGAAUCCUCCGUCCUGCUCGAGUGUAUCGAGGGACUGUGUGAACGGUUUAAACACAAACAUCCUCCUCUCUCUGCCAUUAAGGAGGUUCUGGAGAGCAGCACGCGAGUCUCCUACUACGGCUUCCUGAUGGCUUUGGCCAAACACGAGGGAAUCAGUCAGGAAAUCGGUGCUCUUCCGAACAGAUCAGACCUGCUCAUCGACCCUGAGAUGGAUCAGGAGUUGGAGAGGCUUGUAGCUCAGGUGGCCAUCAGUCCGACAUCCAACAGCAGCAGCAGUGCACAAGGACUGAAGGAGCCGUGCAGGAAGCCAUCACCUCGUAAAUCCCUGCACCAGCGCAAGAGGAUCGAGAUGGAGAGCGACGGCUCCACUGAGGAGACUGACUCCUCUGAGAAUUAAGAUGCACAACAUGGAACAGCAAUGUGGCGCCUUCACUUUAUUAAAUACCCAAAAUAUUGAUUGUAAGCACCAAAUCCAGUUCUACCAAAUCAUUACACUUAAGUGAGGCAGAAUCGGAUCUGAGAACUGAGCAGAUCUGAAAUCACAACCAGAUUAAACACUUCUUUCUGUGUGGAUUCACUAGUGAUGAGUGUGUAACAGUGCAUGCCACUGUUGUGUACUUUGUUUAAACUUAUUUAUUGUACAUUUUGUCUGUACAUAUAGAAAUACAGCCCGUAUCCAUGAGUUGUAUUUUCUUUUUAAUAAUAUGUGAUACUCUGAAUUUAAAUAUCCUUAUUUGAUGAUAUAAAUAAGCAGUGAAAACGUA